ACCUGACCUGGGUCACAUGAGAAGGAGAAAAGCUUCAUUUUUCAUGACGUCGACAUCUUGCGCCCAUUAUUACAGUUUUGCUGCGUAAUCUGAGUGUACGAACGAGUUUGAGUUGUUGCUCAAGCAAACUUCUUUAAAAUUGUUACCCAUAAAUUACACUAUGGAAUAUUUGAUCGGGAUUCAGGGACAAGACUUUGUCCUGGUUGCUGCUGAUAAUAUUGCCGCCAACAGCAUCAUUCAGAUGAAACAGGACCAAGACAAGAUGUUCAAGCUGAGUGACAAGAUUCUAUUGCUAUGUGUGGGAGAGGCAGGUGACACAGUGCAGUUUGCAGAGUACAUCCAGAAGAAUAUUCAGCUCUACAAAAUGAGAAACGGUUAUGAACUCAGUCCAAAAGCGGCAGCCAACUUCACACGCAAGAACCUUGCAGACUACCUUCGAAGCAGGACUCCGUACCAUGUGAACCUGUUGCUGGCUGGGUUUGAUGAGACGGAUGGCCCGGGGCUCUACUACAUGGACCACCUCUCUGCUCUGGCCAAGGCCCCCUUCGCUGCCCACGGCUACGGAGCCUACCUCACCCUGUCUAUCCUCGACCGUUACUACAGACCAGAUCUGACUCGCGAUGAAGCCGUGGGCCUCCUGAAGAAGUGCGUUGAGGAGCUGAACAAGCGCUUCAUCCUCAACCUGCCCUCCUUCAGCGUCCGUUUGAUUGACACGGAAGGCAUCCAUGACUUGGAGAAGCUUAUGCCCGUGGGUGCCAAGUUCGUUGCUCGGGCGCCAAGUUCCUAAGCUCGCUGCUUACCCCUAAUGCUCACAUUUUUGGGGGGUUUUGUACCGUAGACCUUUUGCUCUUUUUGUUCCAAUAAAACGUGACACACCGUUGAGA